AUGUUGAUAAAAAGUCCAGGUUUAUUUAACCGGAUCUUGAAUUGGUGGAAAUUGCGGGGAGAUAGUCCAGAUACAUCAAAUGAUCAACCCACUGUAAUAAGUGGGCUGAUAAAAAGUGAUGCAGGAAAACCUGAGAUUUUUUCUGAGGAUUAUUUUUGGAGAAAAAUGGAAUCUUAUAUUUACUCGACUAGGGGCUCACUCAUUGUCUCACAAUCCAGGACCAGGGAACAAAUAGCACGAAAUCUGCAAAAGGAAUGUCCUUUGGUUCUUAGAUCUCUCAAAGAAAGCGAUGUCCUUCAACUGGUGGAUAUGAUAAUAUCAGAGAAGAAAUGGGUGGAAGAAUUUCCAUCUGAAGCUUUCCCUUUCAAGCUCUCUUGGUUUGCUGCACAGAGUACUGUGGCUGAUUCUCAUGCUUCAAAUGGACUGAGUUCUAUGUUUUUGAGCACCCCAUCACAGUCUGAUUUGCAGAGACAACCAGGAAAUGAAGGAGAUAAAAAGAUUCAGAACAUUUCUCACACUGGAGUGUCUUCGCCUGUCUCUGUUGAAAAGCCUUCUGAAAGGUCUAGAAGUGAGAUAUUGGGUGACUGUCAAAAGCUUACGAAAGAGAUAUUAAAGGAAUUUCCAGGUGGAUAUAAUAUUGGUGCCUUUAGAAAGCUGUUCCUUGAGAGGUAUGGCUAUAAUCUCAAUGCCAAAAAGCUUGGUUACCCAAAGCUGGCAUCCUUGCUUCAGAUAAUGCCUGGGGUGAAAGUAGAGUCCAAUUAUAUUAUUCCUAGCAAUGAAAUGGCUAAACAUUCAAGCGCAGGCAGAGCUGUUCUUAAUAAUACCAGUUCAGACAGUGAAUUAUCUGAUGCAUCUAAGAAGGAUGAUGAACUGGACUCUACGUGGGAAGAACUUGGUCCUAUUGAUAACACGUUUUCUGGCAAAAAGGGAAUGGUAUCAGCAUUAAGGACAAAAAGAACAGGUGAAAGAAUGAGGCAACGAUGUCCUGAUUAUGAAUCUCCUCUCUCAGAUGAUGAACUUUCAGAUUCAGAAGAAUCUGGGGUGGUAACUCGACCUGGCAGGCAACCAAAGCUUGGAUUAAAUGAUGAGAAUAGCUCACUACUGCAAAUGCUUGAUUCAUGGUACAGCAGCAAAGAAUCUGAUGAUAAGAAAAACCCAGAAAAUCCAGAAAACGUGCUUGAUUCUUUGACAGCUAACUUUGGGUUAUCUGAUUCAUCCAGACUAGGUAUGAAGAGUGAAACUUCUCUGGAAAAAAAUUGUCGCAAGCAAAGACCUCAAAAGAGCUAUUCUUUUGUUGCAGAUCCUGUAGAGAAUAAAACAGAGAUCCUAGUUGAUGACAUAUUACAUAGCUUGAAGAAACCAAAUGAACCUAGGGUGGAUGCUUGA